AGUGCUGAAUCCUUUCCUCUUUGCCUGGAUCAUGCUGCCCUGGAAAAGGAGUAAGUUUGUGUUGGUGGAGAAUGAGCCCAAAAGCAAGCCGAAAAGUCUUGGAGCCGGACUGACUUAUCAUUCCCUGCUUUCGACUUUGCUCCACUCCUGUCCGGACCUUGUUCCCGAAUGCCCGUUUCAAUGGCUGGGGAGCGUUUUCCACAGCAAACGCCAGAAAGUGGAGCUCAACAAAGAGGAACCCACCUACAACGUGCGUUACCUGGGCAGCGCAGUCACCAUCAUGGCUAAAGGCGAGGAUUGCACGCAGGAGGCGGUGACUAAGAUUUGGACUCGCAGCAACUAUGGCGAACAGAGCAUCAAGAUGAAGCUCACCGUCGGGCCGCAAGGAAUUCGCAUGGGGGUGGAUAAAGGUGGCAAAAAGAAGCCCGUCCACCUUUAUUCCCUCAACCGUAUCACAUACUGCAGUGCUGACCCCUUCCGACCAAAGAUCUUUGCGUGGAUUUACAGGCAUCAGGUGAAGAAUAAAGCGGUGGUUCUACGAUGCCACGCCGUCCUGUUGGCGAAGGCAGAAAAGGCCCGAGCGUUAGCUCUCAGCCUGUACCAAAACUCAACAUCAGCAUUCACAGAGUUCAAACGACUAAAGCGCCAGUCCGACUUCCGUCAUUGCCAGCAGCAGCUGUUGGGCGAGGACAUUGUGCCUCUUAUGCCUCUUCGGAGACUCCUGAAUGGCCAAUGCCACUACCAGCCACCUGCAGGAAAGCUUGGAAGUGCCACACGGCUCUCCUCGAUAACUGAGGAAGAGGAGGAGGAUGAAGAUGGACCGAGGGAUGCUGAAUCCACCAACACGAAAAACGCUGGAACUUCCAGUCCUUCUUCUCCAGAGAAAGAUCUGGGGAAUAGACUGGAAGAGGUUUCUAUUACAAGCUGGGAUGAAGCACAGAUGACUAUCAGCACUCUGGUGUGAUGUUGAAUGGAUACAAUUUAGUGUCCGCACCACUGAGCCUCUGUUCUGUCGCCUUUCCUGCAAACCCACUCUGUCUGGUACGUCCAUCGAUGCACCGUGAAACAGCCCUCCGAAACUCGGGAUAAGGUCCGUUGGCAGCCACGAUGCCGGCUGCAGAGGAAGCAUUACACAAGCUGCAUGGAGAGGAAGAGCCAGUAGAAGCACAAUGUAAGGAAGACCACAGGUACAGCAAUCAUCUGGAGUUUGUUGAGAGCUUACACCGAAAAGCCUUUAUCUACCCCCAACUUCGAGCAAAGCUUAAACCGCACACCCAAAGACGAUAAAGCAUUCAUCUCGUACUCAUGGCACCCAGUGAUUUUGUGAGUACAUGCCAAGUGCUUUUGACUGAUGGACUAUGAGAAGGAACCUUUAAAUGUGACUUUUUUCUGACCAUACAGUCUUUUGAUGUUUAAAACUGUCCCCCGGUGACCUCUUUCAACUGGCUCAGCUUCAAUGGGAUGCGGUUAAAGCCGGUUUAUUGGUAUUGGGAACAGCACUAAUGAAUUAAACCAUAACUUAGGAACCGAGCCAUUGACUUGACAUGUUUACUGCU